GAAUGGGAAUCUUGCAUGAUACCACUACACCAGCGGCGCGGCUGCUACAACUCCUCCUCCCGGCUCCUCAUCAUCCCAGCGGCUUCCGGCCCCGCGCCGGCUCCCGGCCCGCCCCUCGCCCUUCGGCCGCGUCCUGCGCCCGGCGCCAUGCACGGCCUGUGCCCGCUCCUGCUGCUCCUCGCCGCGCUCUGCCCGCCCGCCCGCGGCCGCCGCGAUGCGCCCGCCAGGAUCGCCGUGGUGGGCGGCGGGAUCGGCGGCUCGGCCGCCGCGUAUUUCCUGCGGCAGAAGUUCGGCCCGGGCGUGCGGCUGGACGUGCUGGAGAAGGCGGCGGUGGGCGGCCGGCUGGCCACGCUGGACGUCGAGGGGGCCGCCUACGAGGCCGGGGGGUCCAUCAUCCACCCCCUCAACCUGCACAUGAAGCACUUUGUCAAGGAAUUGGGCCUCUCUGCCGCCCCAGUCCCGGGCAGCCUCGCUGGCGUUUACAACGGGGAGGAGUUUGUGUUUGAGGAGAGCAGCUGGUACAUCAUCAACGUCCUCAAGCAGCUCUGGCACUAUGGGCUCAACCCCCUGCGCAUGUCCAUGUGGGUGGAGGACAUCCUGGACAAGUUCAUGAGGAUCUAUCGCUACCAGAUGCACGACUACGCCUUCAGCAGCAACGAGCAGCUGGUGCACGCCCUGGGAGGGGACGACUUCAUGCGGAUGCUGAACCAGAGCAUCGACGAGGCCCUGCAGAGAGCGGGGUUCUCCCAGAAAUUCAUCAACGAGGUCAUCUGUCCGGUCAUGAGGGUUAACUAUGGGCAAGGAGUCAACAUCAAUGCCUUUGUAGGUGCUGUUUCUCUGGCUGGGGUGCAGUCAGGUCUUUGGUCUGUGAAAGGGGGGAACAAACUCGUCUGCCCCGGCCUCCUCUAUGCCUCCAAGGCUGACGUUAUCCCUGGAACAGUUGUGUCCAUAGAGCCAAAAAUCAGACCCAGGCCCAGUGGGGAUCCCGUGAAGCUGUACCAGGUCACCUACAACACGUCCUCAGGGCUGACAGGGGACACGUACGACAUGGUCAUCAUCGCUGCUCCGCUGGGCCGCAGCAUGGCCAACAUCACCUUCAGGAACUUCGACCCUCCCGUCCCGGAAUUCCCAAAUCCCUACCACCAGACUGUCACCACCCUGGUGCACGGGCGGUUAAACACCUCUUUCUUUGGCUACCAGGACCCACAGGCCUUUCAUUUGAGCGGCAUCUUCACCACGGAGAACCCCAAGCUGUUCAUCAACAGCCUGGGGGUGGUGCACCCCGUGGGGGACGCCACUGGGGACGGGAAGCUACCGUUGGAAUCAGCCAUCUGGAAGAUAUUUUCCAACGAGGUGCUCACCAAGGAGCAGCUCGCCCUGCUCUUCUCCUCGUACGACUCGGUCAAGGUGAAGCCGUGGUUGGCGUAUCCCCAGUACAGCCCUCCCGAGAAGUGCCCCCCCAUCAUCCUGCACGAGCACGUGUACUACCUGAACGGGCUGGAGCGGGCGGCCAGCGCCAUGGAGAUGUGCGCCAUCGCCGCCAGGAACGCCGCCCUCCUCGCCUUCCACCGCUGGCACGGCCGCUCCGACAGGAUCGACCAGGAGGGCCUGCAUGAGAAGCUCAAAACGGAGCUCUGACCUCCGGGAGGGGGGCCCUGGGGUUCAUUAACACUAACGAACAGCAACUCCCUGCUGAGCCCGCCCAGGGUGUUCUGCAGAAUUGUGGGAUAGGUUUGGAAAAGGCUUUUAAGAUCAUCGAGUCCAACGUCUGACAACACCACCACCAUGGGAAAGACCUUCCAGAGCAUCAAGUCCAACCCCACCACCGUGGUCACCACUAAUUAUGCCACAUCCACGUGGUUUCUGAACGCUUCCAGGGCUGAACAACCCCUUCCAUGAAGAAAAUUUUCCUCAUAUCCAACCUAAACCUCCCAUGGUGCAACUUGAGGCCAUUUGGCCAACCCAGGAGGGGGCAGGACAGGGGUGAAGUGGCACAGGAGGCAUUCCCAAGCGAGCCAGGACUUUUUCCUCAAGCAAAUGCCUUUUCCUCAAACUGCUCCAGCUAUCCCUGUCUGAGAUUAGAGAAGUCAUUCAAAGUGCCACAUUGACCCCAAAAGUGCCAUAUUGACCCCAAAAGUUCCCUCCCAGCUCAGGAUCACUGUGAAGCCCUGCUGAUAUCCCUAUUCUGAUAACCCUGUGAUAUCCCUUCUCCAGCUUGGAAUAUCCACUCCUUGACUGUCCAUCUCUCUGCCUCACCUACUUUCCAAACUGUCUACCAACUAAUUAUUCCUCAGGGUGGAAACUGGGGCUUAAUUAGCUUCCCAAACUGCUUAUGGGAGGGGAACUUGUGUGCUGCGAGCUGCCAGAAUGGGUGGGAAAGAAGGAAAACCACAAAUAUCCAUCGCUGUAUCGGGGUGUGAAGGAGUUAAUAAGGAAUUUUAUGGCCUGACCGGUUUUUAAGGUCAUGAAAUAACAUGAAUAACACCAGAAGUAGCACAAAUUUAACACCCUCUUCAAUAAAUUCAGCCUCCUUUAAAGUU